CACUUCACGUAACUAAAGGUAGAAGUCCAGAGUGCAACUGCUCCGCAGAGCAAAGGGAUUUUAUUUUCGUUGUGAGCUCCAUUUCUAUUAAGAAUUGUCUGAAGACUAAAAAAAUCUGACGAAGUGCGCUCUAUUUUUACAUUUCGCACAUGAUAUUUUUCUCUUUUUUUUGGGAUACAAUACAUUUCUCCUCUAUAUUGGAUAUCUGGCGCUGUCUGCUAAACUUUCAUAGCAGACGAAGAAACACUUCCCAGAAUGGCUCAUUUGUUAUUAACGUGUUUUUUGGCGUUGAUAUCAACGCAACUGGUCGAGUCGUCCGGUGUGUUUGAGUUGAAAGUACACUCCUUUAGUAGUACCCGUAGUGUCUGCAAACGGUCUAGGGACUGCCAAAUAUUCUUCCGAGUCUGCCUUAAACAUUCCCAAAAUGUCAUCUCACCUGAGCCCCCCUGCACUUACGGCAUGGGACUGACCGAAAUCUUCAGUGCCGACCCGAGCUCCAUCUCCAGUAGCGCACCCAUCAGAGUGCCUUUCCAUUUCAAGUGGCCGGGCACAUUCUCGCUCAUUGUUGAAGCCUGGAACGCAGAGUCCUCCGACGGCCAGUCCACGGAAAACCAGAAUAACUUGAUCAGCCGCUUGGCCACCCGUAGAAGACUAGACAUUGGCGAAGAUUGGUCACAGGAUGUGCAUUUUGAAGAGCAAAGUGAACUUCGUUUUUCUUACCACGUUGUCUGUGAUGAACACUACCACGGUGACAGCUGCUCAGACUACUGCCGUCCCCGUAACGACCCAUUCGGACACUACACUUGUGAUGCCGCGGGCACCAGAAUGUGCCUGUCGGGUUGGAAAGGAGAAUACUGCUCAGAACCCAUCUGCUGGUCAGGCUGUAGUGAGAAGCAUGGUUAUUGUGAGGCCCCUGGCGAGUGCAAGUGCCGCCUUGGGUGGCAGGGACCCCUCUGCGAUGAGUGCGUCCGCUAUCCUGGCUGCUUGCAUGGCACCUGCGGCCAGCCGUGGCAGUGCGACUGUAAAGAGGGCUGGGGAGGACUGUUCUGCAACCAGGACCUCAACUACUGCACCAACCACAAGCCCUGCAUGAACGAUGCUCCCUGCACCAACACAGGCCAGGGCAGCUACACCUGUACCUGCAGGCCGGGCUUCAGUGGCAACAAUUGUGAGAUCGAAACCAACGAGUGUGACAGCAACCCCUGCAAGAACGGAGGCAGCUGCAAUGAUCGGGAGAAUGACUACACCUGCACCUGCCCCCAAGGCUUCUACGGGAAGAACUGUGAGAUCAGUGCGAUGACCUGUGCCGACGGGCCCUGCUUCAACGGUGGCACCUGCAUGGAGCAGGUGACCGGUGGUUACUCCUGCCGCUGUCCUUCCGGCUACAUGGGUUCCAACUGCGAGAAGAAGAUUGACCGCUGCAGCAACAAACCCUGUGCUAACGGUGGCCAGUGCCUGGAUCUGGGCCACAGCCUGAUGUGCCGUUGUCGUCCUGGCUUCACUGGGCCGCGCUGCGAGAUCAACAUCGAUGACUGCGCCCGCAACCCCUGCCACAACGCCGGGACCUGCGUGGACGGCGUCAACGACUUUACCUGCACCUGCACCCUGGGCUUCACCAGGAAGGACUGCAGCGUCCGCGCCGAUGCCUGCUCCGUCUUCCCCUGCCAGAAUGGAGGCACCUGCUACACACACUUCACCGGACCUGUGUGCCAGUGCCCGGCCGGCUUCAUGGGCUCCCGAUGCGAGUUUAGCCUCAAACCCACCGCCAAGCCCAAGGCAGACGGCUUGCCCGCAGUCCUGGUUGUCUCCUUCGCCCUGGGCCUGGUCACCCUCACCCUGGUGGUGUGUGCUGCCAUCGUGGUCCUAAGCCAGAUAAGGCGUGGGCGGAAGGCCAUGGCGUCUUCUGUCCGUAACGACCUGGAGACGGUCAACAACCGGCCCAUAGGUGGUUCCAACCCCUUGUCCAGCCUCCGAGAGAAGGAAGCCUUCCUCAUCCCUGGCGGCCAUUACAAGGUGUCCAAUAAGGACGCAGCGCUGACCUCGGGCCCCGCAGACAAAAACGGAGACAAGGCGGCCUACAAGCAGAAGAUGGUUGACUACAACUUGGCCAAGGAGGAGGACCGUCAUGCCAAGAACAAAUUUGACCAGAAAUCAGAGGGCAGCAUAAUGGUUCCACCAAUGAGCUUCCCUAAAGAAGGCUUGUACCACCCAGUCUUCAUCAUCCAGACAGAACAGCAAGCUGAACAGUGUGUCUUUGCUACUGAGGUUUAACACAGUAUUCUGACACCAAGAGUACUGUGACCAACAAGGGCUUUGCCUGAUCAUGUUUACAAUCUUUCAAAGACAAUUCAAAGAAUUGAAGAGGAUAUAUUAAAUCAACAUGUAUUAUUUAAUAUUUAUUCAUGCUGCUCAUUAAAAACUUUUUGACAACAUUGACAAUUUUGGAUACAAUACGUGAAAAGUGGGGGUGGAGAGUAGAAAGAAUGUUCCGGCAUAAUUUGCACUACAUUUUUAAAUCUAAUAUAAUUUGCUUUGUGUUAAAUUUUAACAAAAAGAAAACUUUCUUCGGAAGAGUGCCAAG